AUGGCAUCUCUUAUCCCUGGAGUUCUAGUUAAACUUCUUCAGAGUAUAAAUUCCAAUGUAAAAGUUCGCGGUGAGUAUAGGUCCAUCCUAUUACAGGUAAUCAGCAUAGUGCCUGCCAUAAGUGGAUCAGAGUUGUGGCCAGAUCAUGGAUUUUUCAUAAAAGUAUCCGAUUCUUCUCAUUCGACCUAUGUAUCACUUUCGAAGGAAGACAAUGAGCUUAUCUUAAAUAACAAGUUGCAACUUGGGCAAUUCUUCUAUGUUGAUAAGAUGGAGGCUGGAACUCCUGUACCUAUAUUAGUUGGUGUUAGGCCUAUUCCAGGGCGACAUCCUUUUAUGGGAAAUCCUAAGGAUUUAAUGCAAAUGUUAGAGGCAUCAGAUAGCCCUGUUCAAGUUGAUCAGGAAUGUGUUACUGAUUCAAAAUUGAGUGAGCCGGCUGAAGCGAAAGAGGAAAGUGUAAAGAAAAAACUUGUAAUUAAAGAGGAGAAGGCAGGUGUUGCCUCUAGGUAUAUGCAGUGUGUGUUAACUCCAAACACAAAAGUAAGAGAAGCAGAUCAAAACAAUGGUGCAAGAAGAAAUGAGAAUGAGAAUGGUGGAGCAGCAGGCAAGAAGGUUGGACUUCUGAAAGGGAAGCAACAGGAGCUUAAAGGUCAGGCACGACCAUCAAGUCCUUCCCAUAUUCGUCCUGAUGCAUCAACACAUAAUUCAGAUAUAGAUGCUUUAAAACCCAUGGUGGCCCGGACAUCUUCAAAAUUGCAAGCAGUGGAAUGCACAUCCAAACAAGAAAGCAUCGACAUGAAUUUUUGGUCAAAUAGUAGCAACAAAAAGCAAUCUCCUGAGGCAAUAUCCUGGCCCAAAUUGCCAGUCAAUCUUCUUAAACCUGGAAAGGGAAUGAUUAGAAGGAGAAACUUAGCUUUUUUGGUAUUGGCGGAAGUUCAAAAAGAAGCAAUUGCAUCAGCAAAUCUUGUCAAGUGCCUCAGCAUGUUUGCCGAUCUUUGUUCAUCUGCCUCACCUGAAAACCCCCAUAUCUACCUUACCAAGUUCUUUACACUCUACCGAAUUAUAGAAAAAGCAGACAUUACAAUUCUAACAAAGGAUGUGUCAGAUAAUUUCUCAGUAAACUUAUCAUUGGAAGAUAAAGACAAAUCCGACAGAAAAUCAGGUUCCUUACAUGUGAGCAGUAUGACAAGAACUCCAAAGCCCUCAGUGGAGCUAAGCGGGGCUGAUAAAUUAGAAUGGUCAAAGGGAGGCGGUUCCACAGAAAUUAAGGAAUUUAGGGAAAUUCUUCUACGUGAAUCACAGUCCUGGUUUCUCAAAUUCUUAGACGAAGCACUUGAUAAUGGCUUCCAGUUGGAUUAUCAGGAAAAGAAAAGGAAGGAGAGCUUUGGACGUUUUAUUGAAUCAAACAACCAGAUUGCUACCGCAUUGUCACAGCUGAAGCAGGCAAAUGACUGGUUAGAUAAACUGAGAAGCAAGUUGAGCUCAGAGAAAAAUGAGAUGCUCGAGACUGUUGAUAGCUUGAAGCAAAAGGUUUAUGCUAGUUUACUUGCUCAUGUGGAUUCAGCAGCACUAGCAUUGGAAAAUAGAAAGCCGCACUCUAUUGCCUCUGCUUGCGAUCUCUUAGCUGGUGCCCGUAUUUCCAUGGGAGAGGGCCGUAGCUGGAGAGUCGGGGCACAUGCCAAAUUCUUAGAUCAGGAUUUCAGUAAUCUGGCAUGUGCCCUGCUUCUCCAGCUUCAAUCACUCGCGUCCCAAAAUAGAAUGAAAAACUCUUCUGAGAGAAAAGCAUAA